CCCCGCACAGGAACAGAGCUGCUGUAUCCGGGAUCCUCCGGUGAAAUCCCUCCGAGCAGCACGAGGGACGGACAGAGGAGGAAGCACCGAGCCGCCGGUGUGAGGUCUGGUGUCGUUGCCGUUACUGUCCGGUGUGCACGGCUCCCGGUGUCCGUUAGUCCAUCAGAUGCCUCAAUGUGAGGACUCAUCAAGCUGCUGGGGAGCCACACACACACACACACACACACACACACACACACGCACACACGGAUGGAGCUGAAACUCUGAGAAUCAAGACUGGAGCGACAUCAGGACGGCACCAUCGGUCUGACAGGGCACUGAUGCUUUGAAGCUCCGGGCCACGUCUGUCUGGCUGUGAGGAAACUCCAGACACAUCGCUGCACUGAGAGGAGGCAGAGAGGAGGAGGUCGGGCACUUUGGGAUCUGAUCCAAUGACCUGCAGGAGGAGAGCAGCAGCGUAGAGGCUUGAUUAAAAUGGGGCUGCAGAUCUUCGUACCUGCUGACAGUGUGUCCGAGGGCGGCUCGCUCAGCCCGCAGCCAUGCCAGACGUAAAGCCUCCUCCACCAUGUGACUACCCCUCCACCUCCUCCGCCGCAGCCGCCGCCGGCUCUCCUGCUGGCUGUGCCUCCCCCCUCGACCUCAUCAUCGACAUGGAGCCCUGCAUUGCCGACCUCCCCCUGUCCCCUGACCCCCUGUCCACGUUCCCCCGACACAGACCUGGCGUCCCUCACUACCCGGGCCUCCAGGGGCCACCCUUCCCGCUCAUGGCCAGGUGUAACAGCAGCACCCUGCUCACUAACCUGGGGCUGAGGUACUGCUCCAGCAGGCAGGGCCCUCUGGGGGCGGGGCCGGGUCAGGGGGUGGCCCUGGGCUCCUGCAGCCACACAGGAAACAACGUGAGCAGGCCUUACAGGAGCAUGGAGAACCUGACCUGGAACACUGUGGCAGACUCUGGCCUGUGUGCGUUCAGUGCUGCCCCCUACAGGACCAUGGACAGUGAGUUUAUUUUACGUUACACCUCCACCAGUCACUGGUAUGACGGGCCCCCAGAUGGAUCUGUGUUGGGGGCCCAUGGACUCGUACCCAACCAAGAGAGCCUGGCGUUUUACCCGCGUCACGGGCUGCCCAGGAAGGACCUCCCACUCUUCCCUCAGCUGCUGCUUCCAGGUGGUGUUGACGAAUGGGACGCGAGGAAGGGCCUCAGGGACAAACUCCGCCUCCAGAGUGCGAGGUCAUCAGUUGAGCCUCUGAAGCCCCUCCCGCUGCGGCCUCAGGUGACCCCAGGAGCUGCACCCAUUAAACGGGAGGGUGUGCAUCACCUGAAUUCAACAGUUGCUGGGACCAGGCCGCCGUGCAUGAUGCGCAUCACCAGCCCAGAGGAGAUCAAGCAGGAGGUGCUGAGGCGCUUACAGCUCCGCCGGCAGAACAGCAGCCCCAACCUGGCUCUCCACAGCUCCCCGUCCAGCCCGAAGGUGGUGAAGGUGUCCUACACCACAGACAACAUCGCAGGAAAUGGGAGUGGAACAGAUUCAGCAUCGGAGCGCCGCAAACCUCCUGUGGGACGCCUCCAUAUCCCUACGUUUGAGGAGUUUAAGAGGAUGAGGCAGAGGGAGGGAGAACAGAGCAGAGAGGCCACAGCGGGUUCUGUGGCGUCUGGAAAACUUGAUGCUGAGGUGUCUGAAGAAACGGGAACAUCAAACAGUGAAAUACCUCCGACUGAUCGGACUGUUCCUCAGUCGAGCUCUGGUGGAGGAAACAGAGAGCACUCAGAGGAGGAGGAGGGAGGAAUGAGCAAAGCGACCUCAGAGAGAUCUCCCUGUGACACCACUGCAGCUCCCGUCUGCACCUCCGUCACCAGCACAUACUCCCCCAUCCGCACAGGCCCGUCCCCACGUUCACCCCUGCAGCCUCUGGCCCGCUCAGCCCAGGAGAAAGCCCCUGCUGCUGGAGGAGAUGAUGAUGAUGAUGGUGAUGGGAGCAGCAGGCGCAGGAGGAGCAGUCUGGAACCAGCUGGGUCGGUUCCCUUCCCGCCCAGCAGGGAGAACUGGGACCGGCCCUCCAGCUGCUGCCCGGCACUCCUGCUGGAGGGGACGGACCUGUCUCGCUACGGAGCCAAGAUCUACAAGAUGAAGGAUGGCCUCAUCGGCUCGGCGCUGGACCUCAUCAAGAAGAGCUGCAGUGCAGAGAUCUCCGCCGAAGCCCCCGUCAGGCUGUCAGGUGACCGGGACGGAGGCUGUGACAUCACCGCCCCCUCGACCGACUGUCAGCCCUCCGCCGUUGCCAUGGCAACGUCGGCAACGGCCUGCGGAGCCGAGGCUGGCGACGAGACGCCUGCAGGAGGAGGAGGAGGAGGAAGAGAGGAAGCAGGAGAAUGCCACACCGGUCUGGGCUGCAGGCGCUCCAGCUCGGACGCAGCCUAUGAGCUGGCUGAGACGGUGAGGGCGCAGCGCGAGUGCCGUCUCCGGCCCCACUACAGUGACCCCAUGCCAGCCGACGCCUCCAAGCGCAAACAGCUGGAGAUGAAGAUCGCUGCAGCCGCCCGAUUCCACGGCCACCGCAGAGACCGCGACAGAGACCGAGACAGAGACAGUGAUGCAGAUGUUCAGGAGGUUCUUACCAGGAGCCGAAUCAUCCGCAGAGGUCUCUUCCUCUCCAACACAAAUGGACCAGCUCCAGCAGCGAUCCGUGGUCGAUCUGAGCCCCCUGGCGAGGAGCGCCAGGCCGGUCUGGGUGUGACCCGGUCCGGUCAGCACCGCUGGAGCACCAUCAGCAGCCUGAGUGUCGACAGUGGAGUGGUGGGCCUCAGCGAUGAGCGGGAAGAGGAGGACAACGAGCCUCGCCGUUACCGUAGGAACCGAGGAGCCGAAGUGGAACGGGUGGACAGCGGCAUCGGCCCGGGUCUGUCUCGCACCUGGAAGAGACCAUCCGCCUCCCUCAGAGCCUGGGAGGCUCAGAGACCCUGUCCAGACUGCGGACUGAGGGACGGGGCCUCCAAAGAGCGAGGAGAGCGCAUGUGCGAACGUUGCUCCAAGCUGCGCACUGAGCGCAAGGAGGCCAUCCUGGAGUUUCUGAACACGGAGUCGAGCUACGGCGAGGACCUGCGCAUCAUCAAGGAGGAGUUCUACUGCCCCAUGCAGAGCGCCGGGCUGCUGACCGCCGAGCAGCUCACUGUGGUGUUCAGUAACGUUCAAGAGCUGAUCGACGUCAACGAUCGCUUCACUGAACACCUCCAGGACAACAUUGACCAGGCCUUUGACCAGGGAGACGAGGAUCUGCUCACGGUGUACAUAGGAGAGAUCUUUCUGGAGUUUGUCAACAUGCUGCCAGCCUUCCAGACCUACUGCCUGCAGCAGUCCACGUCUGUCAACUUGCUGAACACGCUGGAGAAGGAGAAAGAGCUGCUCAGAAUCUUCUUGGAUGUUUCCCAGAAUGACAACACGGCACUGCGUCGCAUGAACCUGCGCUCCUUCCUCAUGGCGCCCCUCCAGCGCGUCACUAAAUACCCGCUUCUAUUGAGCCGCAUCAUCAAGGUCACUCCCGAAUGUCACCCCGACUACGCGCGUCUCCGUGAGGCCAAGAGUCGUGUGGAAUCCCAUCUGGAGCACAUCAACAUGAAGACCAAACAGGAGGGCAAUGGCGUCACCUGGUCGCUGCGUUCGUUCCGCCGUGACAGCCGCAAAAACCGCGAGGUCAUCAACAUUGAGAUGAGAGAGGUGUCGAUGAAGACGGUGGGCUGGGCCAGAGAGAACACGCGGUUUGUCAUGGAGGGACCGCUCCAGCUGUCCCAGCCGGCAGACGGUCAGUGGGUGAGGAAGGGCAGCAAGGCCCUCAAGUUCCAAAACGUCCAGAGUCUGCUGAUGGUGAGGACACUGCGGGCCGGGGAGGCCCCAGGACAGGACCCGGGGGCCCGGGGGGAACAGGGAGAAGGCGGUGGUGACGGCAUACGAGACGGAGUGCUGGUUCUAAUCAAAGACAAGAGCAGCGGGAAGUUCACCGUGCUCAGAGAGCCCAUCCGACUGGGCAACUGUGUGGUGUCCACAGACCCGGACUGCGAGGACACGUUUGAGGUGCUCGAUAUUCGGCGCGAGUCUUUUGUUUUCCGCGCCUCGGACAAAUCUCGCACCCAGCAGUGGUUCCAUCAGAUCAAGAGGUACGCUCGAGACCUGGGCACCUGGAGGAAAAGACGCAACGCUCUGCCCAACAUCAUGAUCAACACAAACCAGACCCGCUCGUGAGACUGACCCCUCCCCCGCCCGCCUUUCUUACACUGUAAAUAACCUGAAUCCUCCGCAACUGACGACAAGAAGCAUUUCUGAGUGACGCCACUGUUAAAACAUGUUCCAGUAAAAAAACCCUCUCUCAAAGUCUGACAAGAGAAAGGUACGGCACUUUUCUUACAGAGCUAUGAGUGCGCCACACGUCAUAAAAUCACGUGUGAAGAUAUAAGUUGUUGAAAGAAAAAAAUCCUGGACAACCAAAAAACCUGGGCUGUGCUCGUCAGCCUUGAUUGUAAAGACUGUUUGCUCCUGGAGGAGGAGCAGAGCUGUGUGUUUGUUGAAAAGCAUGACUGAACCGACUGACCGCAACAAAAAGAACAAUUGUAAUGUCAUUUUUUUUUUAUACCAGACAGUGGAGGUUUUGGUACGUGGAGGUGGAGACAUGGCGAGAGCUUCUGUUCAGUGGUUUCUGUUUGUUGUCACUGCCCUCUCCUGUCCGUGUGCCGCCCUCUACUGUCCGCCGGCAGCUUUCACUGCCAGAGAUGCAGUUGAGCGAGAGCCUGUUUGACAGGCUGAGCAGACCUCCUGUAUCACUGUGUUUAAUCUACGUAACAGCAAUAAUCUCUGCCAGUUCCACAAUAAGUAGCUACUGUACGUGGUUUUGAUUUCCCAGGAUUCCUCUGGCCUUCAGGUGUUACUGAGUUUCAUGUGGCAGAAUCAACUCAAGUCUCAAAUCUGAUCGUGUUUGUCGGCAUCGUUAAAUCUUCCCUCCGUGAUCCCGACAUGAAGGAGUUCAGAUAAUCGUUGUGCCAUGAGAGCAGUUUGUGAGUUCAGUCUCCUUUAACUGUUUCCUGUCGACAUCAGGUAAAGUCAGACAUCACAGUUUCCCCCACUGUGUGCUGAAAACACAGUUUUUCAACCUUGUGUUCAGGAGGGCCAUGAGACAGACAACUCAAAAUUUGGCACUGUACGUUUCUGCAAACCGCGGAUACAUUAUUUUUGUAGUCCAUACGUUAAAACUUUACGUGUCAGCAACACUUUGGUGAAUGUGUGGUUACGUUUAGGCACAAAACCCAAUUGGUUCUGGUAGGGCUGCCCCUUCAUUAAUAUAGGCCUAUAUUUUAUCUCCAAGUGCACGUCACACACACUGAGCGAGCCGCCUGUUAAUGACGCUGUGGGCUAAUGGGCAUGUAGCUACUUCCAUGUUUCAGAUGAUACGUCAUGUUUGUAGUCGACCAAUGAAGAUGAGUUUACAUAUCACCUUGGGUUCGUCCUUCACCUUCUCAAAAUGAUCCCACACUUUGGAUUUCCUGCCCGACAUGUUAUUAACUAGCCUGUGGAAUAACCGCAGGUACCAGCCCUGGAAAUUAACCUGACUCCUGUCUGACUGCUGAGCGUGGACACUUCCUGUGUCUGUCCUUUCAAAGUAAAGUCACACAUGCUCCAGUCAUAUAGGUUUGGAUUUAUUUUGACAAGGUGCAGCUCCUCAUAGAGUUUCAUGUUUUUUGUUUUUUUUUCCUGCGACUAAGCGACCAAUGAAAUCUUGCCAACUUAUGACCUUUCUGGUCGACUAUAAACGGGGCGGCCCUAAGUUAUGGUUCGGUAAAGAUUAUGUUUCGACUUAAAAUACCCAGUAUUUGGGGGAACAAUCCUCGCUGGAGAACCCCACUUUUCGUAGCACUAUACUUGCUGGCAAAACAGCAACAUGCGCUAAAAAGCACCCAUGUUUGGCGGCUAAAAGCAGCUGGAAAAAUGGCGACAGGUCUCUAAAAAAAACCCAACAUAUGGUACUUAAUAAGUUGCUAAAAAAAGAGCCAUGGGUCACUAAAACCCACCCACGCUUUGUGGCAAAAAGAAAUCAGCUGGAAAUGCAGCAAUGACUCGCUAACAAACAACUGGUUCUGUGGUUUGUUGGUGCUGAACCGUCUAAAGCUUGUGAGACGUAGGUGUUGCACCAUCCAUCGUCCGCUCCACCUCCUGAUGAUCACAUCAGCUCAGAUACUACGUCACUUUAGAAACAUUAAUAUGAUCCGUGUGAAACGUACAAAUGUGACAUAUCUGUGGUUUGCAGAAACGAACAGUGCCAACAUUUUGGUGUCUGGGACUUUUAAGUCCUCACUAAUCAUGGACGAAUGCGUGCAGCAGGGAUCACAGCUGAAGUACUUUCAUUCAAAAUGUAGUGUUUUGCAAAAUAUAUUUAAAUUAUUAUAUAUAUUUUUUAAAUACUAUGGAGACUCCUCACAUCCCACCUGUAUUACCUGAACCAGUUUGAGAACCAGUGACCGGUUGCACAAAACAGCUUAAGUUUUCUCCUUAACUAUGACACUUAAGGCUUAAUUUCUCUUUAGCUGAGGGACUUACACAGUUGCACAGAAUCCUUUAAAUGGUUUCCUUUGUUAAUAAAAACUAAUUCACUUUGUUGUACAGUGGUAAAAGAUUCCAUGGAGACUGUUUGUGAGACGAUAACAGGCGUCAUGAGUCCAAGCAGAGUUGUCUUAUAGUUAGAUAUUGAAAAAAAUGGCCGAAGAAAAGAAGAGAAGAAAACCAGACAGGUCAGAGGAGGAAGAGAUGAAACUUCUGGAGUAAUACAGUCAGAGAAAGAACAAACUAGUGAAGUGAAUCGGAUCCUAAAAUAUCAGGAAACAGAAAACGACUGUAAUGAAAAUUCAGUCAAAUCUAAAGUGUAAAAUCAGAAGUGUCUCCGUCAGGUUCUCUCAGAGCACUCUGCUCAGAGUGUGUUAGCUUUUAUUUAUCACCAUAAACUCGCUCAUGUUCAGUUAAGACAGAGUCAGAGGGACCUUAAGGUGUUUUUUUGUAUAUGACCCAGAGACAUGGCAGACUGUUACCCUCCUCAUGUGCUAAGUUGCUGCUAGCUGGAAGGUCAGCAGCGUCGCCAUCUUGUUUGCCGUCACUCUCAUUUUUGUUUUCCCUGUGGUAAUGGUUGGGUACCAAAUCAGAGGCAGGUUUUAGAAGCAUGUUCUCCAAGUCUUAGAAAAGUUAGAAAUAUAACAGAUGUUAAAUAUCAAAUCACAACAGAGCUCUUCCAACAGCUGCCCACUCCACCACUCGCCAAACUGGUACCUUGCUUUGGUUGCUCAGGUCUUUAGUGCAGCGGUCGAGAGGUUCCUUAAGUAUAACCAGGACAAGGAGAAAACCAUAAAUACUUGAGUGAACAUUUUAAGCAAACCUUAAGGAGAAGACUUAAGGGUGUUUUGUGCAGCUGCUUUUAUUUUUUAGAAAACCUUAACUAGGACUUAAAGGACAAUCUUAAGGUGGUUUGUGCAGUUGACCCUAAAGACUUUGAGGAAGUCAGUUCUGAUAAUUAUUAAUGAAGUUUGCAAACUGACUCAUCUCAGCACUGUCCCUUUGUAACACGUCACCAUCUCUACUUAAUCCCACCAACAUGAACUCUCUCCUGCUGCAGGGCUCGUGGCGGUUCGUGCGUUAAGGUUGAAAAAAACUGACUUCACUCAAACAAUCGUCUCAACCAUCUCGUCAUGACACGGUGUUAACUGUUAUGUGACCCAGCGCUGAGCUGUUGUGCCUUGGUACUCGAUUACUGUUAUACUAAAACUAAACACGUGCAACCUGUCACAGUAGCAUUCAUCUGACACACGGACGACACCGCCCUCUGUCGGCACUCCCAUUAACAGGCAAUAUAAUGACUCCUCUGACGGACGCUCCCCAGCUGCUGAGAACACGUCAUCACCUGAUCCUCUGAUUUCUGUUUAUUUAUGAAGGCUUUAUUGUUUGAUGCACUUUAUUAGGAUUCAGUAAGAGAACGCUCUCUGGUAUAAAACACGUUCACAGAUCUUCAUUAGAAGAAGGAGCCGAGCUGAUUUCAGCAGCUCAUCAAACCAAAACUUGUGUAAGACUGACACUGUUUCUGUUUCUGAUGACGUAGCACUAGAAGAGGUAGCAAAUCACUGUGUUUCAGACGGCAGGGCUGCUCAGCCUCACACCCAUACUCCUGAUGCUGUUUCAGAUUAACCCUUCAAACUGUAAAGAAAAAAAAAGCCUGCUGAGUUUUUGUUUUCCUCUUUUUGCAUUUCAAAGACCUGAUGUAUUAUUUCUCCAAUGUAAUAUAUUGUGAAUUAUAUUAAAAGAUUUUAAACACGACCUCUUUGCUUUUUGUUUUUCCUCUGUGUGUCGUGUGCUCAUGUUUGGAGACUGACAAAGCUGGAGACGUAGAAUGUAGAAAUGUAUUUACAGUCAUUUUAAGCAUCUUUAAGACAACUGAUUCAAAGACAGGAACACACGCAGGUACACGCGAAAUGCAUGAAUCACUCCAGGAAACAAAAGCACACGAUGAGAGAGUGAAUUAUUUCUAGAAAAUACAGUCCAGCGUCACUACAGGAUAGAAGCAAACAGAAACCUGGACGCCAACAAUAGAAACAAACCAUCAGGACGUUUCCUUAAAGGGACAGUUCAGAGUUUUUGAAGUGAGGUUUUAUGGGUAAUUACCAAAAGACAGAUGUCAGUCAGCAUUUAGAAUAUGUCUUUAUUAUUUUUAUUUUAGAUUAUUUCUUGUGAUUUUCAUUUAUUUUAGAUUUUGUGGGGGAUUUUUUUUUUUUUUUUUUUUUAGAAUAUUUUAACUGACUUGCAGAGAUUUCCAGCAGGAAAAUGAAGCCUCUCUCUUCAAAGCCAGACUCCAUUGAGAAAACCAGUGAUUUAACAUCAGUGAACACAGGAGCUGCAGGUCGACUGCUGCCUCCAUCAGUUAGUUAGUUUGUGUUAUUGUGCAACUUCGGUGAGUUGGACAUAAAACUUUUAAACUCAAAGUCACACAGUGUCACAAACUAACUUACUGAUCAAAGCAGUGACAGACCAGCGGCUCCUGUGUUCAGUGAGCUUAAAUUAAUGCUUUUGUCAAUGGAGUCUGGUGGCUCUCGGUAACAAGCUGUAAAACAGUGAAAAUACUCUUAAUAUAGUUUACACUUCAACUGACGUUGA